AUGCUCUUAUGGCGCCCCCUGGCGCUGUCCCUGGCUUUUGUCCCUCGGGCAAUAGCAGAUAUCUGCGAGACACUCAAGAGCGGCGGCAUCGAGAUCGAAAGCCGUAUUUCAUUGGCCUAUAACACUGACCUGACAGAGUAUUGGUCCACAGCAUGCGGUGACCUUAAGCCGACAUGUAUUGCAGCUCCGUCUAGUGCAGCGGAGAUGGCGCAGGUUAUCAAAAAUCUUCAUAAUGUGGAUACUCUCUUUGCCAUUAAGAGCGGAGGUCAUAAUCCUAACAAUGGAUUUGCUAGUAUCCAGGAUGGACUCCUGGUUUCGACUAAGAAUCUGGAUCAGGUUGACUAUAACCCUAAGGAUCAUACGGCUGUUAUCGGUCCUGGACUUUCAUGGGAAGAGGCCCAGAAAGGCCUUGAGGGAACUGGCCGGACUAUCGUUGGAGGUCGAAUGGGAGGAGUUGGAGUCGGUGGAUAUAUGCUGGGAGGUGGUAUGAGUUUCCUCAGCACUCAGUACGGUUGGGCUGCGAACAAUAUCAAGGACUUCGAAGUUGUCCUGGCCAAUGGCAGUAUUGUCCACGCAACCGAAACUGAAAACCAAGAUCUCUUUAAAAGUUUGAAGGGAGGCGGCAAUAACUUCGGAGUUAUUACUGCGUACACCAUGGAGACACAUCCUCAAGACCAUAAGGUCUGGGGUGGUAACUAUAUUUUCACAGCCGACAAAGCCCCCCAAAUUCUCACGGCAGUGCGUAACUUCACCGACGAGUAUCCCGACGACAAAGCGGCAAUCAUCGUGACAUUUGAGCGCGGUCUCGUGCUUGACCUCUGUAUUUUAUUCCUCUUCUACGACGGCCCCGAGCCCCCCUCUGGGGUCUUCGACGGGUUCACUGCUAUUGAUCACACAUCAACCACCAAGACCUGGGACACCUACUACGACCUGCUAAAGCAUAACGACUUCUUCAUUCUUAAGGGACAACGCUACAAUAUCGCCACCGAGACUACUCCCCUCCCCAAUAAGACUGUGGGAGCGGCUCCACUCCAGGAGUACUAUGAUCAUUUCCGCGAUGUGACCGAAUCCAUACUAGAAGUGACCGGUCUACUGGGUUCAAUCGCCUUCCAGCCCCUGCCUACGACGUUCUCCCAGAAGGCUAAGGACCGUGGUGGAGACCUCCUCGAUAUUCCCUCCGAUCAACCGUACAUUGUCAUAGAGCUCGACUUCUCCUACGGCCUAUCUGUCGAUGACAGUAAGGUUGACGCGGCCACCGUCGAACUCUACCAAGGAAUGGGUAACCUAGUCCAAAAGAACAUCGAUAAGGGUGUUCUUCCUGACGUGUAUCGACCAUUGUUUAUGAAUGAUGCAUACUACCGCCAGGAUUACUGGGGCCGUAUUAGCCCAGCAUCUAAAGCGCUUGCUCUGAAGACAAGAAAGGCGUAUGACCCCGAAGGAUUCUUCCAGGAGCGGACCAGUGGAGGCUGGAGGCUGAAGGACUAA